UAACUAGUAUUAUACAUAUGGCUUUCAGAAUGUAAACAAAAUAGUAAACAUAUUCAAGUUCUCAAACACUCAAUGGAUUCUACGAUUCCGGAGCUGACGAAACUGCUUCCCCGUUGGGUGGAUAUUGAAAACUUGGUCCGGGAUGAAGUCGAGGCACGCUACAUACUUAAAAGGGCCACGGAUUACAUUGAGAACUUCCAGUCUAGAGGAGAUUCCGGGGAGGAGGAGACCAGAUACCUUAUUUGUGCCUUAGUGGACAGGAACUGGGAACGCAUACACACAGGACACUUCAGCAGGGUUCCUUUAAUUACCAGGAAGAUAUACGCCGUAGGUUGCUACUUUAAGAUCUUCUUCCUGCUUCUGGAGAGCUCGAGUCCUGCUCAAAAGGAGCUAUGCAGUGGGAUCCUGGAUGAGGCUCAACUACUGGGCUGCAUGGAGGACUGGAGCGAACUGAAACUCGUCAUGAUGGAUUAUUUGGACAAGGGGAGAUCGGCGGAUUCCGUAACCCUGCCCGUUCUGAAGCCAUUGAAACGAGUAUCCUGCACCUGUGAUAUACCGCAACUUGAAACUCCCAGCCUACCAGAGUUCCAAACAAAGUGCUUUCAGGCAGGACAGCCCGCACUCCUUCUAAACACCAUCCAACAUUGGCCUGCUCUGGAUAGGUGGUUGGAUCUCAAUUACCUGCUCCAAGUGGCCGGGAACCGCACGGUGCCCAUAGAAAUAGGUUCCAAUUAUGCCAGCGAUGAGUGGUCGCAGCAGCUGGUGAAGAUCCGCGACUUCCUAAAAAGGCAAUUUGGAGGGGAUAGGAGUAAGAGCAAACAGGAUAUUGAGUAUCUCGCCCAGCACGAACUCUUCUCCCAGAUACCAGCUCUCAAGGCAGACAUAUCCAUUCCCGACUACUGUUCCAUAAGCAAAGAGGAUCCCCCGGGAGCUGUGGACAUAAAGGCCUGGCUGGGACCAGCAGGCACCAUUUCACCCAUGCACUAUGACCCCAAGCACAACUUACUAUGCCAAGUCUUCGGUUCUAAGAAGAUUAUAUUAGCUGCUCCAGAAGACACCGAGAACCUGUAUCCCCACGAAAGCGAGUUCCUAUCUAAUACAUCUCAAAUAGAUGCUUCCCAGCUGGAUCUGGAAACCUAUCCCUUGUUGGACAAGGUCAAGUUCCACCACUUACUCCUUCAACCUGGCGACUGCUUGUACAUGCCACCCAAGUGGUGGCACUAUGUGAGAUCUGAGGCCCCCAGCUUUUCUGUGAGCUUCUGGUGGGAGUAGUACUUAUACGAAUAUUAAUUUGAGACCCUCUUUUUAAAACCGUGUUGUGAAAGGAAGUGAAUAACUUUUUGAAAAUAUCAAGUAUUAUUGAAAGUUAAGACUAUAAUAUUUUUGCAAUACACACUGGGGAACCACUACUACUUGA